GCCUCGGCCGAGCCUUGCCCGGCCAUGAUGCUGCCCGCGGGCGGCCCCAGCCCCGGGCAGACCUGCGGGGCCGUGCUCGUCGCCGCCGUGCUCCUGCAGUCCGUCUGCGUGGCUGUCACCUUCCUCUACUUCACCAACGAGCUCAAACAGCUCCAGGACACGUACUCCAAGAGCGGCAUUGCUUGUCUCACCGGGGAGGAAAUCGGAAAUUUCAUCCAAAACUUGGAUCUAAUUGAAAGUCAAGACAGAGUGGCUGAUCCCUGCUGGCAAGUAAAGUGGCACCUCGGAAAGUUAAUUAAAAAGAUGAUGUCAAGAAGCUAUGAGGAAAACGUAUCUGCGGUCAACGCUGAAGGAGCCCUAACGCUGCCACGCACCGACGAGCAGCAGCCACGCAGUCCCAUCAACAGGAUUGCAGCCCAUCUGACGGGCAACAGCAACAGGAAGAAUUCGCUGUCCCCACGCAUAGAUUCCUUGCCCAGAAGAGGGUACGGACAAAAAAUAAACAACUGGGAAUCAUCAAGGAAAGGCCACUCUUUCCUUUACAACGUGGAGCUGAGAAACGGCGAGUUGGUGAUACCCCAAACGGGCUUCUAUUACAUCUACUCACAAACUUAUUUUCGUUUCCGUGAAAAUGAGAAUGAGGAUUCAGAUCUGCUGGCACAGAUCAGAAACCCCAAACAGCUUGUCCAAUAUGUUUACAAACUGACUAAUUACCCAGAGCCCAUUUUGCUCAUGAAAAGUGCAAGGACAAGCUGCUGGUCUAAAAAGGCAGAAUAUGGACUUUACUCCAUCUACCAAGGUGGUGUGUUUCAGCUGAAAAGAGAUGACAGGAUUUUUGUCUCUGUCAGCAACGGUGACAUAGUUGACAUGGACAAAGAGGCAAGUUUUUUUGGAGCCUUUAUGAUCAGUUAA